UAAACCGUUGGAUCAAUAAACGAGCUUGGCUUCAAUAGUUAAAAUACGCAAAACUCUCUUGCGCCGCCCGCGUCUCUAGUCAGUCACUUGUUAUCUCCUUACCACACUCUCUGAAGAAACCAGAACCCUAAUCAUCAAAUCUCAAGAUGAAUCGUGAGAAGUUGAUGAAGAUGGCUAACACUGUCCGCACUGGCGGAAAGGGCACAGUUAGAAGAAAGAAGAAGGCUGUGCACAAGACUAAUACUACUGAUGACAAGAAGCUCCAAAGCACCUUAAAGAGAAUUGGAGUUAACUCCAUUCCAGCUAUUGAAGAAGUUAACAUCUUCAAGGAUGAUGUUGUUAUUCAGUUCAUCAACCCUAAGGUUCAAGCUGCAGUUGGUGCAAACACAUGGGUUGUUAGCGGUUCUCCUCAGACCAAAAAAUUGGAAGAUAUCCUUCCUCAGAUUCUCAGCCAUCUCGGACCAGACAACAUGGAGAACCUGAAGAAGCUAGCAGAGCAGUUCAAGAAGCAAUCUCCUGGUGGAGGUAAUGUCCCAGCAACCAUUCAAGAGGAUGAUGAGGACGAUGAUGAUGUCCCGGAUCUUGUAGCUGGUGAGACUUUCGAAGCCGCCGCUGAAGAGAAAGUAGCUGCUGCUUCUUCUUAAGACAAAAGAGCGAGACAACAACAACAACAAAACCGCACUUGAAUUAUUACAUAUCUUUAUAAUUUUGCUUGUUCGCUCUAUCCUCUUUUUGUAGUGCUUCCGACCAGAUUCUUGUUUCCCAGAUAAUGAUUUAAGGUUUUAUAUCUA